UGUCAUUUUACCGCAAGGUUUCGGGAGGUUAUAGUUUUUCUAAAAUAAUGUAGAUUUAUUUAAAAAACACCGAGACAUAUACAUUUGAAAAAGAUUAAAAAUACAAAAGAGUACAUUGGGAAAAAAAUACUCGAAAAGUCUUACAUAAUUUCAUAAAGUGAGCUGCUACGGAAUAAGACGAAAAGAUGUACUCGAGACUUCAAACUAAUGGAUGGAGGAGGCUUUACAACCGGCUUGUGACGUCAGACAGCCGCCAGAGCAGCUCUAGUGUCCUGAAAAAGAAAGAAUAUGUCUCUAAAAACAUACAGCCAGGAAAGACCGUAUAUGGGUUUAUUUGCACUGAUAUAGAACAUAUUAAAGAGUAUAAUAUGACUGCUUACCUCCUCACACAUGAGAAAACCAAGACAGAAUACUUGCAUUUAGAAAGAGAUGAUCCAAACAAUGUAUUUUCAGUCGGAUUUCGAACCACCCCUCAAGAUUCCAUGGGGACUCCGCACAUUUUGGAGCACACAGUUCUAUGUGGCUCAGAGAAAUAUCCGGUUCGAGACCCUUUCUUCAAAAUGUUAAACCGGUCUCUUGCCACAUUCAUGAAUGCUCUCACUGGUCCAGAUUAUACAUUCUAUCCGUUCUCUUCACAAAACGAAGUAGACUAUAGAAAUCUGCAGAAAGUAUACUUAGAUGCAGUCUUCAGACCAAACCUGGCAAGAAUAGACUUCUUACAAGAAGGCUGGAGACUAGAACAUACAAAAUUGGAUGACAAGACAUCUCCUCUAGCAUUUAAAGGAGUAGUGUACAAUGAAAUGAAAGGGGCAUUCUCUGAAACAAGUUCGGUAUUUGGACAGAAGUUUAUCAAUGCUAUAUUACCGCAAGGUACCUAUGGAUAUGUUUCAGGAGGAGACCCAUUGCACAUUCCAGAACUGACACAUGAGCACUUGAAAGAAUUCCACGCAACCUACUACCAUCCUAGUAAUGCCAGGAUUUACUCUUAUGGAAACUUUCCCUUGGAAACCAAUUUAAAGUUUCUAAGUGAGCAAUAUUUGAAUAAAUACACAUUCCUAGACCCAACAAACACUGUUGUUCAGAAACAACCACGCUGGAACGAGCCAAGAGAAGCCGAAAUAGCAUGCAGAGUAGACCAAUACGGAGGACCUAUUGAUAAACAGAACCAGAUAGCCAUUGGUUACGUCAUGUCUGAUAUAACAAACAUUUAUGACACAUUUAUGUUGACUGCACUUGCGGAGUUGAUGAUAAUCGGCCCAAAUUCAGCAUUUUACAAAAGCCUAAUUGAGAAAAACAUAUCUGGAGGUUACAACAGUUUGACUGGUUAUGAUAAUCAAAUAAGGGAUACAUUAUUUGUUAUUGGACUGAGGGAUGUUGAAAAAGACAAGUUUCCCAUAGUUGAAAAAAUUGUUAACCAAACACUUGAAGAGAUACAUGAGAAGGGAUUUGAAAAGGAUCACAUUGAGAGCGUAUUACACGGCUUUGAGCUGUCCAUCAAGCAUCAAUCGCCGAAAUUUGGAUUGAAUGUACUGUUCAAUCAAAUGCCAUUGUGGAAUCAUAAUGGCCCAAUCUUAGGUGCUAUGAAAGUCAAUGAAUUGCUUGCACAACUAAAGACCAACCUGAUGAAACCGGCUUACAUCAAAGGUGUGAUAGAACAGUACUUUAUCAACAAUAAACACAAGUUGACAAUGAAAAUGGUGCCCAAUCCACAAUUCGACGAUAUAUUUAAUACAGCAGAAGCAAAAUCACUCCAGUCGAAAGUAGAAAAGUUGACUUCAGAACAGAAAGAGCAGGUAUUCUUGGAGGGCUUCGAGUUGGCGAAAGCCCAAAAGAAGCAGGAGAACUUAGAUGUGUUGCCCUGUUUGAAAAUAGAUGAGAUCACUUUAAACAAAACUGCUCCACCACUAAAACACACAGUGGCUGGCACUAUCCCGCUGCAACUUUGCGAAGGAAACACUAACGGCGUCUCGUAUUUGAAAGGCGUCCUAGGCACAGAUUGUCUUAACGAAAGUCAGAGAAAACUCCUACCUUUCUUCAAGUACGUUUUGGACAAAUUCGACACAAAGUCAUACAACUACAGAGAUUUUGAUAAGUACGUAAGCAAAACUACUUCUGGAUUAAGCAUCUUAAUGCAUAUAACUGAACAUAUCGACCAACAGGAGCAGUUUGAACAGGGUUUGCUCAUCGGAAGCCAUUGCCUCGACGACAAUCUCCCGAAAAUGCUCGAUAUCUGGGCAGAAAUAUUCAGGAAACCCAAUUUUGAGAAUAAGGAGAGAAUGGGAAUGUUGAUGAACAACUAUUGCUCGUCGUUGACGAGCGGCGUAAUUGACAGUGGUCACACGUACGCCAUGCAAGCAGCCAAGUCGCUAGUUUCAUCAGCAGAUGAAUGCAAAGAGAAUCUUAUGGGCCUCCAUCAUGUUAUGACCAUGCAGCAAAUCCAAAACAACCUAAAAAUCGAAGAUAUUCAAGGUACAAUUGACGAAAUCGGAACUCAAAUCCUAAAAGGCUCGAACUUAAGAGCCACAUUCCAUUAUUCGAGUGACAACAAAAACCUCCAUUAUGUCGACAAGUUCAUGAAAUAUCUGUGCCCAGAUGAAACCCAAAAGGAUGUCAACCGCAUUAACUGGACAGAUUGCCAACCCAAACCGAAAGACAAGAAAGGAUUACACAUUUCCAUGAAUAUUCCUGUCAACUUCUGCGCGAAAGUCAUUCCUACAGUUCCAUAUACUGACCCUGAUUACCCGAAACUUAGAGUGUUAUCAAGAUUCUUGACGUCGAAAUACUUGCAUCCGAUCGUAAGAGAAAAGAACGGUGCUUAUGGCGGUGGAGCGAUGUUGUCUGUGGACGGAAUCUUCAGCUUUUAUUCAUACAGAGAUCCGAAUUCCCGCGUAACUUUGGACGUUUUCGACAAAACGGCUGACUGGUUAGCAGAAAAUACGAAAUUAGUUGACGACCAGAACCUUUUCGAAGCGAAGUUAUCCAUCUUGCAACAAAUGGAUCAACCAAUAGCCGAAUACAUGAAAGGAGUCGACUUAUUCCUUUAUGGAUUAUCAUACGACAUUUGGAAGACACAAAGAGAAAGAGUGCUAAGCGUCACAAGCGAGGAUCUGAUCACUGUUUGCGCUAAGUACUUGAAAUCCGACAAGUGGGCAGGCAAAUGCGUUAUCGGCGAAGGCGCAUCACAGUUGGACAAAGAAGGAGAAACUUGGGAGAAAAUAAGCGGACCACAGCAAGAAGUGGCUCAGGUGAACUGAAUAAUUAUGUUACCUUAAGCUGGACAUUAGAGAAUUUUAGUUAUGUUUCGAAACCCCUUCACGAAUGUUCUUUGAAACCGAACAAGUCAAGUGGACAAUUUUGUUUUCGGAAGUCGGACUUAUUAGUUUACAAAAAGUCAAGAAAAGGAAUGACUAAGUAAAACUUUGCUAAGCUCAAAGCUUCGGUUAAAGAAAUUAUUGUUCGAUGUAUUAUUUGGAAUAUAAACUAGGUGUCUAUAUUUUGACAUGUAAAAAGAGGAAGUAUAGAAGCAUUUUCCGGGUCUUUGAUUUGUGUGUCUGUUUUCGACAGUGUGUAAGUACAGUUCGGUGUAGGAAAUUGUCAUCAUAGGUAGCCCCGAAAACUAAGCAGCUUUUAUAGAAGUUCAGACGAAAAAUGCAUUAUAAAUUCUAUUUGGGACUUAAGUUUCUAAAGUCUAUUGUGCUUUUAGUGUCGAUUUCUCGACACAUGAACUGUAUUUCAACUGCAAUGUAACUGCCAAAUAAUGAAAUGCAAUUUUAUUGCAAGCCGGUGAGAACUUAUCACUGUUAUUUGAUAGUUGCAUUGUAGUUUAAAUACAGUUUGUUUAUCAACUUCCAUUCUGGUAUUUUGGAAAUGUAAUAUUUUUGUAAGGAGUGUGCUUUAUGUAGAUGGUAUUGUAAGCUCUUAAUUAUCUAAAUGUUGAACAGAUGACUAGGUAUUUAUUGAACUUGAUGAACGAUGAUUAUUUUAGAAAGUUGAGACUGUUAUUAAUAAAUAUUUUUGAGUUUA